CCCAACCCUCCCUGUCACGGGGUCGGGGAGCUCCCAUUGCGACUUUUCCGGCGACAUUUUCGGCUCCAGGAGUCUGCCUGACGGUUUGCACGCCUUCGUCCACCGCCGCAGACCUUCGGGGAAGCGGUUCGGGUACUUGGAAAUUGUUGUUAUAUAUGCCAGUUUUGACUUUUUGGAAUUAUAUAAGAGGUGCAGGCCUGGUGUAGUCUCCUGUCUGGACAGAGUGAAAGGGAACAAUGCAGAAGGACUCCGGCCCACUAGUGCCUUUACAUUGGAUUGGCUUUGGCUAUGCAGCACUGGUUGCUUCUGGUGGGAUCAUUGGAUAUGCAAAAGCAGGUAGUGUCCCAUCCCUGGCUGCUGGGCUCCUCUUCGGUGGUUUAGCAGGCCUGGGUGCCUAUCAGCUUUCUCAGGAUCCAAGGAACAUUUGGGUUUUCCUAGUUACAUCUGGAACCUUGGCUGGUAUUAUGGGAAUGAGAUUCUACCACUCUGGAAAAUUUAUGCCUGCUGGCUUAAUUGCAGGUGCCAGUUUACUGAUGGUCGCCAAACUUGGAAUUAGUGUAUUCAGCAGACCCCAUCAGUGACAGUCAUAUCCCAGCUUGGACUCAUGAAGAAUUUUAAAACUUCCACUACUUUUAGUGUAUUAAGAGAAAUAAGUUCAGGAUUUUCACAUAUUCUGACAUUUUACUUAAAAACAAAACAAAAAAGGAAAAAAUAAUACUGAACUUUGCAGAGGAAAAAAUCAGCCCUUAUCAUUACAACCUUAAAGAGGUGGGUAGUAUAUAAUGCAAGAGCUUAUUAUUAUAAUAUCCUCAUAUAGUUUGAUUUUUAUAUGUUGAUAUCUCUUUCUGUAUCUUUCCAUAAAGUCUCAAGGGGUUAAAUGUUAGCUGUCAACAUUGCGGGCUCUGAAACCCCACACCAUUCUUCAAGGAACAGUAAAAAAAAAUCUCGUAGGAGAUUUUGUUCUUUUGCUCACCUGUCUGUUCUUUUGCUCACCGUAGAGCACAGACCUACUUUGAAAUUAUGUUAAAUGAAAUAUCAAUGAAAAUAAAGUUUACUAUAAUAUUU